GUGCCCCAUCCGACCAAAAGGAGGAAGUAGGUCUGAGAGUCAGUGACUCCACUGAACGAAUAACAACAAACAAAAUACGUUGUUUUAUUUUUUACAGCCACAUACAUUUUAUGCGCUCAACUCUUAUGUAUCCCCAAUUAAGUGGUGGUAUUAUGUCUUAGGUUUCUCUUCGAGGGAAUGGUGCAAACCGCAAACUAUGGCAAUGUCAGAAGGCACCGCGAGAUAAACUCCCGGCACGGCUAGCGGAACGCAAGCUAAAAUUAAACCUGUGCGUAAUUAAAUACGUUUACUGGACCGAAAUGCAGGCGUUCGCAAGGACCGAAAAGCAAACAUACGGUCGCCUCGGCGACCGUGUUACAAUAUCGCUUUUCCUUCCGAAUAACCGCUCGGCGCUCCCAUCCCCCACGGCCGCACUUCGCCCGCAUUCCUCCCCUGCAAUGGGGCCUCGGCCGCGCAUGCGCCGUGACUCGCCGGCCGGCCGCCGUGCAGCGCCGGCGUGUUGAAGGGGGGCGCUGUAUCCUCUCUGCCGCUGUAGUCGCUGGCGGAGCCGAGCAGCGCUCCGGCGAUACAAUCUGCCGAAAGCAGGAGCAGGAGGGGGGGGUGGUGGUGAGAGGCAAAAAAAACGCGAGCUGCUUGAGUCGCCCUUUGUUUCUGGCUAGCUCUAGACUGCAAGGGGGAGAUACCGGUGAAAGGAAAAUUUACUGUCGCAGUGUCCGUUGAGAAAUGUCCACUCCGGACCCCUCUAUGGGAGGGACUCCCCGGCCAGGUCCCUCCCCAGGUCCUGGACCCUCCCCGGGGGCCAUGCUGGGUCCCAGCCCGGGCCCCUCUCCUGGAUCUACCCACAGCAUGAUGGGUCCCAGUCCUGGACCUCCUUCCUCAGGUCACCCCCUCCCACCUCAGGGACCCACGGGGUAUCCCCCAGACAGCAUGCACCCCAUGCACAAACCAAUGGAGGGGAUGCUGGAGAAGGGCAUGCCUGACGACCCCCGCUAUGGCCAGAUGAAAGGAAUGGGCAUGCGGCCCGGGGGGCACAGUGGCAUGGGGCCCCCGCCCAGCCCCAUGGACCAACACUCCCAGGGUUACCCAUCUCCCCUGGGGGGUUCCGAGCACGCUCCCAGCCCCGUUCCAGCCAACGGCCCUCCCUCCGGCCCGAUGAUGCCCUCUGGCCCCGGUGGGGUGCCCCUCGACGGCAGCGAUCCCCAGUCUCUGGGCCCGCAGGCACGCGGUGCGGUUCAGAGCGGCGCCAACGCCGGGCCGGUUCCGGCGGGCGCGGGGGCUGCAGGGACCGGAGGUGCUGCCGGGCCCACACCCUUCAACCAGAACCAGCUACACCAACUGCGGGCCCAGAUCAUGGCUUAUAAAAUGCUGGCCCGCGGGCAGCCCCUGCCGGACCACCUGCAGAUGGCAGUGCAGGGCAAGCGGCCCCUGCCAGGCAUGCAGCAACCCCCCAUGGCUAACAUGGCACCGGCCCCGGGUCCCGGGACAGGUCCUGUAUCCGGACCGGGACCGGCACCUUCCAACUACAACAGGCCUCACGGUAUGGUGGGACCCAAUAUGCCACCCCCAGGACCAUCCGGUGUACCCCCAGGCAUGCAGGGACAGGCAUCCAAUGGCCCCCCGAAAACCUGGCCUGAGGGACCAAUGGUGAAUGCAGCCGCCCCGUCCAGCACCCCCCAGAAGCUGGUGCCCCCACAGCCAACGGGCCGGCCCUCUCCAGCACCCCCCUCCAUGCCACCAGCCGCCUCGCCUGUCAUGCCACCGCAGACGCAGUCCCCCGGACAGCCCACUCAGCCCACACCCAUGGUGCUGCACCAGAAACAGAACCGCAUCACGCCCAUUCAGAAACCCCGGGGGCUGGACCCCGUCGAAAUCCUGCAGGAGCGCGAGUAUAGGCUCCAGGCACGUAUCGCCCACCGCAUCCAGGAGUUGGAGAACCUCCCUGGCUCGCUUCCGGGCGACCUGCGGACCAAGGCCAACAUAGAGCUCAAGGCCCUCCGGCUGCUCAACUUCCAGAGACAGCUGCGUCAGGAGGUGGUGGUGUGCAUGCGGCGUGACACGGCUCUGGAGACGGCCCUCAACGCCAAGGCCUACAAGCGCAGCAAGCGGCAGUCCCUGCGGGAGGCUCGCAUCACCGAGAAACUGGAGAAGCAGCAGAAGAUCGAGCAGGAGCGCAAACGGCGUCAGAAGCACCAGGAAUACCUCAACAGCAUCCUUCAGCAUGCCAAGGACUUCAAAGAGUACCACCGGUCCAACACGGGCAAGAUCCAAAAGCUGACCAAGGCUGUAUCCACCUACCACGCCAACACGGAGCGUGAGCAGAAGAAGGAGAACGAGCGCAUUGAGAAGGAGAGGAUGAGGAGGCUGAUGGCUGAAGAUGAGGAGGGUUAUAGGAAGCUGAUCGACCAGAAAAAAGAUAAGCGCCUGGCCUACCUGCUGCAGCAGACGGACGAGUAUGUGGCCAACCUCACGGAGCUGGUGAGGGCCCACAAGGCCGUGCAGGCACUCAAGGAGAAGAAGAAGAAGAAGAAGAGGAGGAAGAAGAAGCUUGAGAACUCGGAGGGCCAGGCAGCAGCUCUAGGACCUGAUGGCGAGCCUCUGGAUGAGACCAGCCAGAUGAGCGACCUGCCCGUCAAGGUCAUCCACGUGGACAGCGGCAAGAUCCUGACGGGGGUGGACGCCCCUAAGGCUGGCCAGCUGGAGACCUGGCUGGAGAUGAACCCUGGGUACGAAGUGGCCCCCCGGUCCGACAGUGAGGACAGCGGCUCAGAUGACGAGGAAGAUGACGAGGAUCUACCUCAGCCGUCACAAGCCGCAGUGGAGGAGAAGAAGAAGAUUCCAGAUCCAGAUAGUGAAGACGUAUCAGAAGUUGAUGUUCGCCACAUUAUUGAUCACGCCAAGCAGGACGUCGACGACGAGUACAGUGGCGCGGCCUUCGCCCGCAGCCUGCAGUCCUACUACGCGGUAGCCCACGCCGUCACGGAGAAGGUGGACCGUCAGUCCUCCCUCCUGGUGAACGGGCAGCUGAAGCAGUACCAGAUCAAGGGCUUGGAGUGGCUGGUCUCCCUGUACAACAACAACCUGAACGGCAUCCUGGCAGACGAGAUGGGCCUAGGAAAGACCAUUCAGACCAUUGCACUCAUCACCUACCUCAUGGAAUACAAGCGCAUCAACGGUCCCUUCCUCAUCAUCGUGCCGCUCUCGACCCUGUCCAACUGGGUCUAUGAGUUUGACAAGUGGGCACCCUCUGUGGUGAAAGUAUCUUACAAGGGCUCCCCAGCUGCGAGGCGAGCUUUUGUACCCCAACUGCGAAGUGGCAAGUUCAAUGUACUUCUCACCACCUAUGAGUACAUCAUCAAGGACAAGCAGGUGCUGGCUAAGAUUCGCUGGAAGUACAUGAUUGUGGAUGAAGGCCACCGUAUGAAGAACCACCACUGCAAACUGACACAGGUGUUAAAUACACACUACUUGGCUCCACGGCGCGUCCUGCUGACAGGCACGCCUCUGCAGAACAAACUGCCUGAGCUCUGGGCCCUGCUCAACUUCCUGCUGCCCACCAUCUUCAAGAGCUGCAGCACCUUCGAGCAGUGGUUCAACGCGCCAUUCGCCAUGACUGGGGAAAAGGUGGACCUGAACGAGGAGGAGACCAUCCUGAUCAUCCGGCGUCUCCACAAGGUCCUCAGACCGUUCCUGCUCCGCCGGCUCAAGAAGGAGGUGGAGGCACAACUGCCUGAGAAGGUGGAGUAUGUGAUCAAGUGCGACAUGUCGGCGCUGCAGAGGGUGCUCUACCGGCACAUGCAGGCCAAGGGGGUCCUGCUCACCGAUGGAUCGGAGAAAGACAAGAAGGGCAAAGGUGGCACCAAGACCUUGAUGAACACUAUCAUGCAGCUGCGGAAGAUCUGCAACCACCCGUACAUGUUCCAGCACAUUGAGGAGUCGUUCUCUGAGCACUUAGGAUUCAGCGGAGGGAUAGUGCAAGGGCAGGACUUGUACCGCGCCUCUGGGAAGUUCGAGCUGCUGGACCGCAUCCUGCCCAAGCUCCGGGCCACGAACCACAAAGUGCUGCUCUUCUGUCAGAUGACCUCUCUCAUGACCAUCAUGGAAGACUACUUCGCCUACCGCAACUUCAAGUACCUGCGUCUUGACGGUACCACCAAGGCAGAGGAUCGUGGCAUGCUACUGAAAACCUUCAAUGAUCCCUCCUCCCAGUACUUUGUGUUCCUGUUGAGCACCAGAGCCGGUGGCCUGGGCCUGAACCUGCAGUCGGCCGACACCGUGGUCAUCUUCGAUAGCGACUGGAACCCCCACCAGGACCUGCAGGCCCAGGACCGCGCCCACCGUAUCGGGCAGCAGAACGAGGUGCGUGUCCUCCGCCUCUGCACCGUCAACAGCGUGGAGGAGAAGAUCCUGGCAGCCGCCAAGUACAAGCUCAACGUGGACCAGAAGGUCAUCCAGGCCGGCAUGUUCGACCAGAAGUCGUCCAGCCACGAACGGCGCGCCUUCCUGCAGGCCAUUCUGGAGCACGAGGAGCAAGAUGAGGAGGAGGAUGAGGUGCCAGACGAUGAGACCGUUAACCAGAUGAUCGCCAGGAGCGAGGAAGAGUUCGACCACUUCAUGCGCAUGGACCUGGACCGCCGCCGGGAGGAGGCGCGCAACCCCAAGCGUAAGCCACGCCUCAUGGAGGAGGACGAGCUGCCCACCUGGAUCAUGAAGGAUGAUGCCGAGGUGGAGCGGCUCACCUGUGAGGAGGAGGAGGAGAAGAUGUUUGGCCGUGGCUCCCGCCAGCGCAAGGAGGUGGACUACAGCGACUCGCUCACUGAGAAGCAGUGGCUGAAGGCUAUCGAGGAGGGCACACUGGAGGAGAUCGAGGAAGAGGUCCGGCACAAGAAGACCACCCGCAAGCGUAAGAGGGAGCGGGACAUGGACCUGCCGGGCCCGGCCACACCCAGUGCCAGCGGCGCGCGCAGCCGCGACAAGGACGACGACAUCAAGAAGCAGAAGAAGCGUGGGCGCCCCCCUGCCGAGAAGCUGUCACCCAACCCCCCCUCGCUGACCAAAAAGAUGAGGAAGAUAGUGGAUGCAGUCAUCAAGUACAAGGACAGCAACGGCCGGCAGCUGAGCGAGGUCUUCAUCCAGCUGCCGUCCCGCAAGGAGCUGCCCGAGUACUACGAGCUCAUCCGCAAGCCCGUCGACUUCCGCAAAAUCAAGGAGAGAAUCCGGAGCCACAAGUACCGCAGCCUUAAUGACCUAGAGAAGGACGUGAUGCUGCUGUGUCAGAACGCACAGACCUUCAACCUGGAGGGCUCACUGAUCUACGAGGAUUCCAUCGUGCUGCAGUCAGUCUUCACCAGCGUGCGGCAGAAGAUCGAGAAAGAAGAGGACAGCGAGGGAGACGACAGCGAGGAAGAGGAGGAGGAGGUGGACGAAGGGUCCGAGUCGGAGUCCCGCUCGGUGAAGGUGAAGAUCAAGCUGGGUCGCAAGGAGAAGGGGCUGGAGCGAGGCAAAGGCCGGAGGCGGCUGGGCCGGGGCCCCCGAGCCAAGCCCGUGGUGAGCGACGACGACAGCGAAGAGGAGCAGGAGGAGGAGCGUUCAGGAGCCAGCGGCAGUGAGGAGGACUGAGCCACACCGAAAUGGACCAAUUUCCCCCACGGGGUCCCAACGGCCGGAGCAUAUAUUUUAUUUAGCAGAAUCACAAUGGGGUACUUUUGCGGGCAGGGGAGCGGGUAGUUGUGCCUAGACAAGCUGAUUUUUAGUGUGAAAUGUUAUUAAAUGAUGAAAUAAAACUUUAAAAACGUACAAAAAAAACCCUACUUCCAUAUUUAAACAGCGAUCUUGGUAUAGACUGUAGGACUGUUAACGUCCCUCCACCUCUUCCCCCCCCCCCCCCCAACCCCCCCAGUGCUAUGAAGUUUGAAAGGGCUUUUGCGGAUGAAUUGUGGACCACAGGGAGUUUACUUGAUAUUUUUUUUUUUUUUUAAUUGAUUUGUUGGAUUUUCCGUUUGGUGGCAGAAAUGUGGAGUUGCUGUCCCAAAGACAUGAAUGCAUGUGUGUCUGUAGACGUGCACUCAGACGUCCCGUCCGCCCUCUCUCACGGUUUAAUUUAAAAAUAAAAAUAAAAAAAGCAUGAAUGGA